CUCAGUUCAAGGCGGCAAGCAGCAAACGCACCUCUUUGUGCAAUUUUCAUCAAAACUCCAGGCUUAAAGUUAUUGCAUCCCAUCGAGCUCUUCUCUCCCCGGCCAUUUUUUCACAAUACUCUGCUGGCUGAGAGAAGCGAUUGUUGAACGUGUCGUCCUUGGUUCGACUUGGAUUGGCCUGCCAUUCUCGGAAACCCCAGGUCGGGUUCAGAAGCCCAACCCUGGUUCCAAUUCUCAUCUCAACCUGUCGACCGCUCCAACAUCGUUUCGAUUUCAUCUCUUUCCUUCUUAACCACUUAAACCGCCAUCAUGAGUCGAUACGAUGCAGCUGAGGGCCCGGAUCCCGCCCAGCACUACGUCGCCCCUCUUCAGACAUGGGAGGCCUUUGUUCGCGACAGAGGUCGGAUCGAGAACGACCUUUACAUUGCCUAUGUCAACUUGCUUACCCGCUACCGAGAGAAAGUCGAUGAGUGCGAGCGCGAAAAAAGGAAUGCCAUGGUUUGGGAAAAGGAACAGCGUAUGUCAGAGAGGGAGUUGAAUAGUCUCAAGACUGUUGCGGAAUCUUCACCGUUCGCCUUUGUCGUUAUCGAUGGCGAUGGAGCCGUCUUUCGUGAGGACUUGAUUGCCAGAGGCGAGGACGGAGGCAUUGAGGCUGCCCAUGAACUCCACCAACAGCUUAAGAUCUACUUCCACGACCAACCGCAAUUCUCAAAUAUCGACACCAUAUUUGUCCAUGUCGUCCUUAGCCUCGAGGGUCUGUCACGGGCUCUCCAUAACUCGGGCGCUAUCAUUCCACCCGACUACGGCGCUUUGACAAAGUUCGCGCGGGGCUUCGCUCGCGCCCAGCCCCUUUUCACCUUCACUGACGUCGGCUACGGCAAGGAGCAGGCUGAUCAUAAGGUCCGCAAGCUGUUUGAGGUCAUGGAGAAGAACAUCCAAUGCAGAUGCCUCAUCCUCGCCGGCUGCCACGAUAAUGGCUACGCGACCUUCCUAGAAUCCUUCCGCGGCAACCAAAAGAUCUGCCUUUUGGAAACUACCCCACCCGCCGCCGACUUCAGGAAAUUCACUUUCAAGCGCGUGGCCUUCCCUUCGGUUUUCCGCUCAGAACCGCUGCUGUCUCGGCCGACCUUUCCCCCGGGUUUCACGCCUGCUACGAUGGCGCCGCUCACAUCGGGUCCCAUGACCUCCCCUCCUAUCCUCAGUCUUGGAAAUGGGAUUGGCAUUAACCCCUUGCCCAGUCCAGCAGCGACUGCGUCAGUUGCGUCGCCCAAACCAACGCCUUCGGCCCCCGUCCCUCCGGCCUCGGUUCCCGCAACCAAGCCCGAGCCCCAGGCGAGCACGGCGAGCAGCUAUGCCACCGUGGGCCGAAGCAGCGCUCCCCUUACAAUCAACAUUGCCACGCAGAAGAAGCCAACAGUCACUCGGCUUUUCAUCCAGCUCAACAAACACGAUGAGCGGGUUGACAUCCCUUUGCCGAAGCCAGACCCUAAUGCGGUAAAAUCACUCGACGAGCGGAGGCAGAUGAGCGGCAUGAACCUCUGCAACAGGUACCACUUGGCUAACAGCUGCAAAAACACCAACUGCAGCUUUUACCACGGGGAACGCCUGAACCCGGCCGAGAUACUUGCCCUGCGCCACAAGACAAGGAACCUGGUGUGCGGUUCUGGCCACUACUGCCGCGAGAUCGCAUGCAAUCUCGGCCAUCACUGCUCGAACCCGGGUUCGUGCUACUUUGGCGACGACUGCCGCUUCUCCGAGAUGCACGGCAUGGACAUUACUCCGACUAUUAAGAUCUACGAGGAUGGCACCCGCGAGGUCCUUUAGGACAUGGACGACGGUGCCCGUAUUGCAUCCAUUCAACAUGACGAUAGAGGAGGUGUUUGCUGGUGGUCUUUUCUUGGUAGUGCAACACAUUGGCAACAUAAAGCAACGUGCUCCUGAAAUGCCCUGGACCAUGAUUCUUGCAGUUAAUGUUACAAUAACAAGUUUAGUUGGCGAGGGUUCCUUGGGAGUCGAGCUGGGUCCGUUGGGAUGGACAAAACAGAGAAUAAUCACAUGCUAUCUAGCUUAGUGUCUGGACAUUUUUGCGAUGGUAAUUAGGAGGGCUGAGCUCUACCAUACUUUCGUUUAUAUUCUUGCGUCUAUCACCCCGAUCAGAUUGCUACCAAUAAACAGACU